CACUAUUGGAUGGCGAGGGAAGCAGAAGCAAAGCAGCUGUUUCCAUCGUUGGCAUUUGCUGUAAUGCAUGAGAUUUUACUCUUCUAUCAAUGCGUUGCGAAGUUGUCGAAGUACUCUAUACGUAGCGGCCAAUCUUAUUCACCAAUGGGUCACCCCCAGCGGUGACCGAAGUCUAGAGGCUGGGAUACUGCUUAUGACUGGAGCACGAUCGAAUGUGACGCAUCGAGACCACAACCAAGUGGUACACUGUUGGCUCACAAGUGACACUGGAACAGCCCCACCGAAUGAGUCGAGGCCUCGUGGGAUGCUUUUCGGUGCGCGGGUACAAAGGAAAGGGGAAUAUAUUGGCCGAUUGCGCCCCUACGAUAAGGGAUGGGACGACCAUGAUGAGAUGAUAGGAAUGCCAACCUGCGCUGAAAUCGCAUGGCACAGCGGCGCUAUAUUAGUUGAGAUUAUCGUUGUAUCGAUCAUGAUCGAAUAUCACGUGGCACUACAAGCAUUGGUUCCACAAGCGCCACGAAAACAGCUUCACCGCCAACUUGAAUGGGUCGAGGCGCCAUGGGAUGGUCGCGACACGCAUACAAUGGGGCCCUGAGCUUCAGGGCGCAGUCUAGAGAGCGGCGCUUGAUCAAAAGGAAAGGGAAGUUGGGGUUGGUUCCAGGAAACGAUAGCUGAAAAAUGACAAGCUCUGACGCACAGCCGACACCCACUUGCCUGCAUCCUAAAAGCUCAAUUAAAAGCUGAUCGCUCCCCUUGAGGAACGGGAUGACCGUCGUGAAACCACAGCGGCGCUUACCGUGGGCCAGCGAUCGCUGCAACUCGUGCCUGAUUACGACUUGCAUAUGAAGUCCUAUAAGUUAGCAAGUAGGGGUCAUACUAAUUCUCUCGCCAUCAUAACCAGUCUGGGUCAUGCCAACGCGCAUGCUGCAAUUCGCCGUUGACA